CUGUAGUCCCGCCUCCUAUAGCAAGUCGGAGGCAGCAAGAUGGCGGCCGCGGAGGAAGGCUGUGAUGUUGGAGUCGAUGCGGACCGGGAGCUGGAGGAGCUUCUGGAAAGUGCUCUUGAUGAUUUCGAUAAAGCCAAACCCUCCCCAGCACCCCCUCCUACCACCUCGGCCCCUGAUGCUUCAGGGCCCCAGAAGAGAUCGCCAGGAGACACUGCCAAAGAUGCCCUCUUCGCCUCCCAAGAGAAAUUUUUUCAGGAACUAUUCGACAGUGAGCUGGCUUCCCAAGCCACUGCGGAGUUUGAGAGGGCAAUGAAGGAGUUGGCUGAGGAAGAGCCCCACCUGGUGGAGCAGUUCCAGAAGCUCUCAGAGGCUGCUGGGAGAGUGGGCAGUGAUGCAAACUCCCAACAAGAAUUCACUUCUUGCCUAAAGGAGACGUUAAGUGGGCUAGCCAAAAAUGCUACUGACCUUCAGAACUCGGGCAUGUCAGAGGAGGAGCUGACCAAGGCCAUGGAGGGGCUGGGCAUGGAUGAAGGGGAUGGGGAAGGGAACAUCCUCCCCAUCAUGCAGAGUAUCAUGCAGAACCUACUGUCCAAGGAUGUACUGUACCCAUCCCUGAAGGAGAUCACAGAGAAGUAUCCAGAAUGGUUGCAGAGUCACCAGGAAUCUAUUCCUCCGGAGCAAUUUGAAAAAUAUCAGGAGCAACACAGCAUCAUGGGCAGAAUCUGUGAGCAAUUUGAGGCAGAGAUGCCCACAGACAGUGAGGCUACUCAGAAGGCUCGUUUUGAGAUGGUGCUAGAUCUCAUGCAGCAGCUACAGGAUUUGGGCCAUCCUCCAAAAGAGUUGGCUGGGGAGAUGCCUCCUGGCCUCAACAUUGACCUGGAUGCCCUCAAUCUUUCGGGCCCAUCAGGUGCCAAUGGCGAACAGUGUCUGAUCAUGUGAAACAACACAUUUUCCUCCCUGGAUUCCAGCCAUGGGGAACAUUUGGAGUCAGCAGAACCAUCAGAAACCGAGGCAGAAGUAUCGUCUCUGGACCUGGCUCCCCACCACCCUCUGACAUCUGGUUCAAGACGUGCCAUACCAGCUGAGGUUUUUACUCUUUCUAGGAACAGGAUCUGUUUUGUAGGCUCUUUCUGUGAGCUUUACUGCAUCGUGGUUUCUGCUGCUAGAAAAGGCCCAGCUAUUUGCCAGGUGAAGGAAAGCAUCCCUUUUGGGGCUUGUACCUUUUUCCCACUCCCAAAAUAAUGUUGUCUAGGGCCAUGCUGAUGUUCCCCCUUUGCUCCCAGGGACUUUGUGCCUUGUUUCUACUCCCUCUCUUGGAUCUGGGGAGCAGGAGCUGAGUCCUGGGAUUCUGUGCUUCUCUUGGUCCAAGCCUCUGGGAAUGAGGAGAAAUGUAGCCUGGGUUGGGGCUCUAAGUCUUUCAUCAUGCCCCCUUGCCUUCAGGCAGAGCAUGAAUUCUCUGAAGACAAGGGGCUUUUGCAGGUAAUCACAGUAAGGUGGGAAGAGAAGCCCUGGGCUUUUCCUGUCCUUAGGUGCUGUGCCCUUGCUCCCCAUUUCUUUGUGAGAAUUCAGGUUGCUGCCUCGGUUCUUUUCAAUUCUGUGAUUUGGGUGAACCCAGCACCUGACCUUCCUUUGCUCCCUGACUAUCCUCUUAUCCCUCUCUUUUUAAAUUCUUAUUUAUUCUAACCCUUUUGAACCUAAGCUGCGGUAGAGGAAGACCAAUCUUGUUUCCCCUUAUCUAGACUUCUACUAUUCUCACUAGACCCUUCCCUUCCUUCCUGGUGAACAUAUAAUUGUCACAUCAGGUCUAGUAAAUGAAUGGCCAUUCUACCCCAGGUUGAUUCUGACCUAAUAGAGAUAUCAGAUUCCCUAGAAUCCUUGGUUUAAGAAGGUGCUUGGGAAAAGGGUAUAUAUAGACUGGGUCCUUUGUCCUACAAGCCCAUGGGACAGUACCUAAUAAAUAUUCUGCGUGAGGUG